UUGCAGUCAUACCAUAAAAAAUUACAAACUAAGCACUCUGAGGUUUCUAGAUACCGAGGAGAACUUCAGGAACAGUAUGAAAACUUGAAAAAUGAAUGGGGGACUGAUAUUGCAAAGUUACACGCUGAGACCUCUGAUACUGCUGAUGGAUUCUCGAACGAAAUUCCAGUAGAUGAGGAGGAAACCGUUCCUGCUCGAAAAUCAAUAGCUUUCACGGUUGAUCUUAACCCUCCUGUCGUACAACCUGUGAACAAAGAGGUUUCACUACAAUCUAGUCAAAGUUCAGUAAAAACCAAAUCCUUUCUUGAUGGGGGUAAUACAACUGUGGAUGCUUCUGUCGCUGCAGCUGAUGUUUCUGCUGGUCUUAUCGAUAAAAGUGGGGACUCAUUUUUGGAGCAAAACAAUGAACUUAGCGCUGAAGGGGACUCAAUGUUGUCUAAUACUUUUCUUAAUGAAAUGGAAGAAUUGAAGUCCAACUUGGCUCUUGAUUCUUCCCAGAAUUCUAUGAAUGCUCAACAGAGCAGUGUCUGCUACAAUUCAUCUAAAGAGCCUCUACGUGUGGAUCCUGAAACUCCUCAAGCUACCGAACCUGUCGAGACGGAAAACGAGAAACCUUCAUGUGAAGUAAAAAAGAAAUCUAGCUCCUUAAUAUCUAAGUUCAUUAAAAAAUCACGAUCGUUGUCCCGUUCUCGCAAAGAUAAGAAGAAGAAACCGCCAUAA